AUGAAAAAGUUUUUUGAACUCAUAAAUGCUCUAAUGGAUCGGAAUUUCUCUGCUAAAUGUAUUUCCAUACCAGCUGUAUUAGGACAUCACUUAGUGUUCAGGAAUUUCUCCCUACUGUCUUUUGGAGAGGAAGCUGAGGAAGAAGAAGAGGUUGUAAACACAGUUGUUGAGAAGUUUCGACAGAAGGGUAAAAGUGCUCAUGACCUCCUGUCUGAUCCUCGUCUUAGUUCAAUACCUGUGACAGUAAGUGAAGAAGAUGCUGAAGCAGUUAGCCUUGCAAAAUCAGAAUUAGAACAGGAAAUCCAAGAAAGACAACGAAGGCGUGAAGAAGCUCGCCUUCACGAAGAUGAAGCCAAAGCCAAACGAAUCGAAAUGUUACGCCAGGAAGCUGAAGAACUACGCCGUCAAAUUUCUUUUUCAAAACGAGCUGAAAAAAAUCAACAAUCAAGGGAAAAGGAGGAAAUAGAACGUAAAGCCCGUGAGGCAGAGGAGGAAAGAAAGCAAGAGGAAGCUGCUUUAGCUCGGUGGGAAGCUAAACAAAGAUCUGAACUUGAUGGAGAUACAGCAAAGUUCCAGCCUUUGGUCGAUGAUCUGGAUACCUUUUCAGCUGAUUUUGCUAGUUACAAAGCGAAGUCAAAGAAGGUGAAAAAGGGUUCUGACCGUGAGGCCUCUACUCUGUCACUAUUAGAACGAUUUGGCAGUCGCCUGCGUGCUGUUAUAGGCUCAGGAGAAUCGAAUGGAGAUCCGUGCAAAUUUUCAGCCAUGGAUGACUGGAUGAAAGGUCGCUUAGUAUCAGAAGUUCCAGCACCAGCUAGGAAAGUUCUUGAUCCUACUAUGCCUCAUCCAGAUCGAUAUGAUCUAUAUGAUCCUAGAAAUCCACUUAAUGUUCGCAAGAGAGGCGGAGAUAUGGAAACUGUAUCAGAGAAAAAGUCUCGACGUGUUUGA